UUCGAUAACACGUUUCCACGGUAAACCACAUGUUACACACGCGUUCUCAACCAUCCAUCAACGCCAAUUCUUCCAGCGCAAGGGCAGUGUGGAGUUGAGGAAGCUCAGGUCAUGAGGAACUCAAACCAAUCUUUUCCGUCACAUCUUUGACGAAGGAGCCAGAUACCGGGAUAAAAAAUGCCAGAUUUACCUGCAGUUCCUCUAUGGGUACCUGCAAAGCCUACAUCGGAAGAAUUGAAAUAUGCCGACCUACCAAUAAUUGACUUAUCUCUUCCCCCAAAGGAGUUCCUCGGUCAGGUAGAGAAGGUGAAAACUGCGAUGGAAACGCACGGUUUCCUCUUCUGCAUCAACCAUCCGUAUAGCGUCGAGGAGAUGACUCGGAUGUUCUCGAUUGCCAACGUGCCAUUCACAGAGAGUCUUGUGCCCUUUGAGGAGAAGAAAAAGUAUGAAGGUACUAUGAAGGUUAGUGGGAGCUAUCAAGGUUAUAAGUUGAGGGAGUAUUGGCACAUCGAUAAAGGCGUCCGAGAUCAAGUCGAAAUAUACAAUCUCAACCGAGACAUUUCAAAGCGCGAACAUCCAACGGCCCUCCGCCCAUUCUUGCCCGAAAUUCAAGACUUCGCGAGGAAUAAUCAUGUCAAAAUACUACAUCCGAUCCUUCGACUGUUGGCCCUAGGCCUUGACCUACCAGAGAACACCUUCGUGGAAAUGCAUGGGUUCGAUAGCGUCGGGGAAACUUACGUGCGGUUCAUGAAGUAUUUCCCGCGUACUGAGGACGAUGAAGUCAAAUCAGGCGGUGUAUGGCUGAAAGGCCACACCGACUUUGGAACAAUCACGAUCCUAUACUCUCAACCGGUAUCUGCCCUACAAAUCCUGGGUAUCGAUGGCAAAUGGCGGUGGGUUAAACACCUUGAAAAUGCCUUGGUAAUCAACGCCGGUGAUGCCAUGGAAUUUCUCUCUGGUGGAAUGUACCGAGCGACAAUUCACCGCGUCGUACAACCUCCGAUUGAUCAGAGAACCGCCGAGAGAUUGGGAGUUUACUACUUCUGCUUGACGGAUGAUGAUGUGAAACUGGCUCCACUCGUUCAAAAUCCUCGAGAUAGGAGGUUUGAGAGUGGGAAAGAACCGACGAUGGAGACGUGGAGAAAGGAAAGGACGAGUAGGUACGGCCAGACUGAGCUCAAGAAGAGUACCGAUACCGGCAGGGAGACGGUGGAAGAAGAGGUGGUUGGGGGUGCCGUCGUCCGACACUAUAAUUGAAUGUGCGGGGUUGCACCGCUGAAUCCUCAAUACAAGAUCAUUCAUGCAGAAGAAGGGCCUAGGGCCUAGUCUUCGA